AUAAAUUUCAACUUUUCAGAUUUGCAGUUCCACAAGAUUUCUGAAAAAUAAAUACAAUAAAUACAGUGACAAGUGAAAUAAAUUAAAUCUGUAAAACACACCAAGAUGUUUACUGAGAAUUUGACAAAACAGGACGAAGAAAUAGAGGCCCUAAGUUCAAUAUACGGCGACGACUGGACCACAGAGAGCGACGUGACAAGAUCUUACAAGAUCAGAGUUGAAGAGAACAAGCAUGAAGCCAUUUUGUAUGUUACCAUGCCCCCGGAGUAUCCUAGUCAGUCACCGCCAAAGUUCGAGCUAUCUGCGCCUUGGAUGGAGAGAAAAGACAAGGCUGAUCUCCAUCAAGCCUUGAAUGAAGUUUAUUUAGACAACAUAGGUGAAACGGUUGUAUACCAAUGGGUGGAGAAAAUAAGAGAAAUAUUAUUGACAAUGAAACCUCCUGAAGUAAAGAAGAAGAUACAACAAAAACAACCAGAUGAAGAAAACAUGGAUUUGUCUCAGGUAGAAAAUUGCCCGGAGAUUACUCAUGGUGAAGUGAUAAAGGACAGGAAAAGUUCCUUUCAAGGUCACGCAGCUGAGGUCCAUAGCAUGGAGGAUGUCAACGCUGUCCUAACAAAACUCAAGCAGAACAAGAAGAUAGUGAACGCAACUCACAACAUGUUCGCAUACCGGAUCGAGCGGAAGACAGACAAGGGUACAACAAUACUACAAGAUUGUGAUGACGAUGGAGAGACGCACGCCGGCGGCCGCAUGAUGAAGCUGCUGCAGAUAUUGGACCAGAAGAACACCUUGGUUGUUGUGUCCCGAUGGUAUGGCGGCAUCCAACUAGGGCCUGAUCGGUUUCGACACAUCAACAAUGCCACCAGACAGGUCAUCGAACAAGCCGGCUUACUAAAGAAAUGACAUUUAGCAUAAAUAACAAAUUUGUUAAGGUGCGUCUAGAUUUGAGCAAGCCACGGACCACGGACCGCACACGGCUUUCCGAAUCUCUGUGUAGUUCUAUACUUGCGUUACGUUCAUUUUUUACGACCUGUCCAAUGUCAUCGCGUCUCACUCUCUCAUUAAGCAAAAUGUGAGACGCAAUCAAUACACAUUGGACGAAGAUAUUGGGCGGAUGGAAUACCACCCUAAGCAACACAAGCGAAUGUACUGCGAAGGGUGCCGUGCUUGCGCGCCGUUCGCGACUCACUCGCGUGAUACAUAUACGAAGUAUCGACGAAAAACGUACGAGUAAUAUAUCUCGAACUUGAAUAGCAUAUCGGAGUAAAUCAUAUUAGGUACGUCAAUCAUACUACGAAAUCCACACAAAUAUUAUGUGUUCGCCAAAUCUUUACGCACCUUAGGGUGCGUUUCCACCAGAGAUGAGCGAGGAUUCGUAGUGAGGGAUGUGUUUGUUAAGAACUAGUAGAAUCGCUGAGCGAGGAAAACAAAUGAAGAGAUUCUAUUUGGUUCUUAAAAAACACAUCUCUCGCUAAGCAUCCUUACACAUCUCUGGUGGAAACGUAGCCUUAAGCCAAAACAUUGAUAUUUUUUAAAGUAACUCAUUUGACUGGUCGGUAUAGUUUUCUUCCUGUAAUCUUAAGAUGUAAGUUUACAAACCUAAACUACGGGCGCAACAUGGUUCCAUUUUUAUCGCCUAUCACUAUGCCCGUCACUUUCGCACUUACAGUUGCCUCCAGAAACUCGCGAACUAAAUUGACAUGAGUUUGACAAAUAAAAUGAUACCAGGAAUAGCAAAGAAAAAAUAGUCAGAGGUAUAUGUCGAUAAAAUGAUAUCGAUAAGUAAGAUGCACUUACUACCCAUGUGAUAGUUAUACGAGUAAAGGGGUCACAAACGAUUUCGAUUUGUAUGA